AUGGGGCAGUGGAGGUUGGCCAUUGCGGCCGUGCUGGUCGUCUUUCUCGCUGGUCUUCAGCCAGCGGUGAUGGACAUUGUGACCACGCUCACGACGACAACCAUCGACUCUUUGAGCUGCCAAUGCACAAACGCAUCGCUCUUUUCGACCAACGAGCAGAUUGCUGCGUGCCGUGAAGCGAGGUUGAUCGACACGAUUGACACGCUCAUCAACGCGACCUUUGAGGAACGUCUGGCUGCGCUGGAAGCUGCGGCUUUUGGUGGUGGCGACUGCCAACCAGACGCCUACAGCAACACCUCUCCAAUCCCUCUCACCUUCAAUCAAUACGUUUAUAACCUCACGCUCUGUGAAGGUGAAACGGACGUGUUUGAAGCUAAUCUCGCUACCAGUGCUAAUUACGUGUUUAAGAUUGGCCCGAUGAAUGGUGACCCUCUCGACUGCAUGGAGCCGUUUAUCAACACGACCUUCGUUCACAAUGAUAGUCCCAUCACUUUGUCAAUCUAUCAGAACAGUGCGGUGAUGGACAUUGUGACCACGCUCACGACGACAACCAUCGACUCUUUGAGCUGCCAAUGCACAAACGCAUCGCUCUUUUCGACCAACGAGCAGAUUGCUGCGUGCCGUGAAGCGAGGUUGAUCGACACGAUUGACACGCUCAUCAACGCGACCUUUGAGGAACGUCUGGCUGCGGGUCCAGUUGUUACGUUCAACAUGGAUUGGGCCGACGGCAGCCCCGUCUCUGUGACCGCAGCAGCCCAGGAAUGCCGCGCUGCCGGUAUCAUUAUGCGAAGCGGCUGCAUGUGUAAUGCGGGUGCCUGUCACGAUGUGGCAGGCAACGAUCCAGCGAUGGUACAAAGCCUCAUCGAUGCUGGCUAUCGAUGCGGCAGCCACGAUGACGUCGUGGCACUCGAGAUCUUUGCGUGCCCUGCGAUGACCUCGUUUACCGGCCUUGAGAAUGUGGCGCGCAUUGGUUCGCUCUCCAUCGUCUCCUCAAAUUCGUUAACCAACUUUUCAGCCCUCAACGGUGCCGAGCCGGUGCUUCUGCUCGGUCAGAACUCUGCACCAGCUCUGAGCAUUGAUGCGUGCGCAGAUUGCGAAGCUCUUUGGUCGCACUUGGUGGAGACGGUCGAGAUUGCUGACGGCGCCAGUGUCAGCGUGCCGUGGUCUACCUGUGGCGGCUUUGGCACGGUGCCGGCUGGUAGCCUGUCUUGCGCCUGUAACCCAGGCUACACAGACUACAUGUGCACCGGCUACAACGGCGAUGACUUGAUCUGCAACGUGUCGACCGCCAGUGACAUCAAGGCAAUGCUUGCUGGCGUCACCCACCUCUACAGCCCUCUAGUCCUUCUCCUUUAUUGUGGCGCUGGCUCCAGCUAUGGACUUUUGGACACGGUGACAUACGCAGCCGCUCUCUACUUUGAAGAUGCCAUCGAUUAUCAGGGCCAGAUCCCGGCGGGACUGGGCUAUGUGAGCAUCUUUGAGACGCAAUUAUCUGACAUGUCGCUCUUUGGCGCAGUCACGCACAUUGACAGCCUGGAGAUUAACAGCAACGAAUACAUGACCACUUUGGAUGGCCUCGAGAGCCUGGAGACAGCGGGCCAGCUCGUGGUUUACAACAAUCCCACACUGACCAACGUGGAUGCGCUCGGCAGCCUCCUCAGCGUCACCGGCGACCUCAUCAUCGUCAACAACGACGUGGACGUCAACGCCAUUGCCUUUGACGUCAACGCCAUCUCCACCAACACCACCCUAGUCACCGGCUAA